CGCCAAACGUCGUGUUGGCCUUUUCCGCUUUAUCUUCGACUUCUUUCCCACCGAGAACUUCAGUAUCCUCCUUCGGUUUUCCCUCCGUUCAAGGUCCUCCAUUUCGCUUACACUCGGGACUAGGACGGCGUAACCGACUCUUGCCACAUGUAAUGUCAAAUUUUAAUUUUUUUAACUGCCCUGGCCGAAACUUGUCGUUAAUGCAUCUUUUACCGCAUAUGCUGACUGUCGUCAAUUAAACAAAAUCUUCUCAAUCAAAAUGUCCUGUAGACUUAUGGUUGACGUGCCUCUGGCGCAUACGGUAGACGGACGCUGAACAUGUGACAUCCUCCAACAUCCGUAAUGACAUUUGUAUCCAAUUCGGUUCCAGCGUUCGCUAAAAUCAAAAAUUUCAAAAGUGCCCAUUUAUUCAGCUUAGUUUUUUUCACUUUUGUAAAUUCGAACAUUCUCACACAAAGGGUGUCAGAAAGAACAGUAGUGGUGAGAAUAAAGUGAUCAUUUUGAAGAAAUAUCUUGAUGAAGAUAAACAGAUAAGCCGAGAUGUGUUCUGACAUAAAAUAAUGUACGGUUUACCUUCCAGAGACUCUGACGUACAGUUAAAUAAAGAAGCAGACGCCUGGUGACGCCUGAGGUGUAUUACAAGUAUUUCCGGACUUCUUCUUGUAAUAGACUUCAUGAAAGACCAAACUUUUGUUGCAUUCAAGUGACACUUUAACACAUUUUCAUAACGUCUGAGUACUUUGGAUUUCCAAACUAACCACUGCAGGAAAUGGUACCAUUUCACCUACACACAAAUUCAGACAACUGGUCAUUGUCGUGGCGUUUAUACCAUUAUAAAAGACGCUUUACAUCCUUCAUACUCAUUGCAACAGGAAUGGGACUGGCCUAACAUUUUCUAUUUAUUGUUUUUGUUGUAAUUCUACUUUGGGUGUACUUGAAUAAAGAACGGUCGACGUUAUCUGUACAAAUCAGGGCUAAGUAAUGGAUGUCAACCGAUGUUAACGCGUCCGCAUAAAACUGAACUAAUAUGCAGUGCUUAUGCAGAGUUGUAUUUUGCUCGAUUCUGCAGAAUUAUUAAAAUGAGGAAACCAGACCUGGCCAUUAUUAAAUGGGGAUUCUAAUAUUUUACUUUUUAAGGAAAUAUAAGCCCGAUUUAAAACAUUACAAUUUAACUAAGUAGGUUGUAUUUAGAUACGAAAAUACAAAACAAUGCCCGAUAUAAUUACCCGUCAGUGGAAGCAAAAAGAUGAGGCCCAAAAUCAGCAGCAUCUUGCUUGGUGUGGGUGGGUUUUGUGCAGCACGUUUAUAUAUUCUUCGCUUCUUACUUUUCAAGGACAAUAACUUUCAUAUGCGCAGCGUGAACGUCUCUUCGUUCCACGCUUGGAGGUUUCGACUCUUUCAACCUGUACUGCUGUCACGGCCCACAACAGUAUUAAAAAAAACCAAUCAAAAUGACGUGUGGGAGUUCUUCUCCAUCCGCCCUAAGCCGCUCCGGCUUAGGAUCAGUAGAUUUGACGCGAAGCAUAAAACCAUUUGUCAUGACGUACCUAAGAUUUGUUUGAUGUGAUUUACAUGCCUCGACUGAUGGUGCGUGAUUCGAAAUUGCGAAUUUCAGGUAGCGCAGAUUCAGACCUAGCUCUGUGUUGUGCUUGUAGAUUGAUGGAAAUGGAGUCCUCAGCUGGUGCACUAAACCUUGAGCUCAACAAGGGUGAUGACCGCGCUUGUUGCCAAACCAUGUGUUAGCCAAUCUCCUUAUUCUGUCUUCUGUGAUGAACGACGUUCCGAGUGAAAUAACUCCUACCGGGUUCUAUUCGUACCAAAAUAGCACUAGUUACAGUGGGUGACCUAACUCAUGAAAUGUGUUGAAAGUUACUUAUGGUCACUAAUCACUCGCAAACAGACACAAAUCUGUGGACCCAACGUCGAUAUUAAUAAAGCGAAAAUUGAGGAGAACUCAAAGCAUAAAAUAAAUAAUAGAGGUAAUUUUUCUUUAUUAAGAAAUGCCAUUUUUUAGGAAAACCGCAAAAUCCCGAAACCGUCAAAAAUGGAUGUAAUUUAUUAAACGUCAUUUUUAAAUUUUCGAAACGUCUGCCCGUGGAAAAAGACUAAGUGCAUAUGAAAUAACAAAUAAAAUAACAGUCAACAGCCUGCAUUUUGAGUGUAGAUUCCAAAACAGUUUCCAGAUGAUUCGUGAUGUCCUUUAGUUUUUUUGAAUAAAUUGAGUUGCGGUACAAUAAGAAAAGCAAGAUAUCGCUUGAGUUCGCCGACAGGGAACAAACGUUUUCAUAAGAUCACAUGUUGCAGGGUCGAGAGAUGCCAAAUAAUAUUAAAUAGAAUUGACACGUGCAAUCAUAAGCAUACCAUUUUAUGUUUAUCAAAAGAACAUUUCUUCCGUUGAAGUAAUUUACACCUUUCGUUCGCUCAGGAUUACAUUGAGUUUCAAAUCGGCCUUGAAUUAUCGAUCAGUAUUUCCCGAUUUUCAGUAUUUUCAUACGAUCGCCAUAAGGACAGGUUCUGUAUUAUGCGUAUGUUAAAAAUUUUAAAAUAAGAUACUUCUUGGAGGCAUUUACCAAAGAAACGUGUGUUUGGGCCUUCUUUUUCAUUUAGAACGUCAUCUGAGUCACAUCUGAGGAAUCAAAUAAACAGGAACCCUCAUCGUCGAAUAAAACUGACGUCCAUAACGAAAGGCAACAACGAAUGUGCCUUAGAUCAUUUAGAAGACUCUCUAAUAACUUACCUCUAUAAGGAGAGCUUUGAUAUUGCAUUCCAUUGACGGAUGUUUGAGUACUUUAGAUUUUGCAAAGUGUGACCAAGAAAAGAAUUUGACACUUUCGGCUGUUUCAUUCACUUUGCCAAAAGAUACUCAUAUAUUUCGGCUAUAAACCUAAGAGCAUGCCUUUUUUUAUAUUGCGGCUAUUUUAAUCGUUUUGCUCACAUUUAGACUCCGUUCUACGAUUACGAAUGCAUGACAGAGUGGCUAUAUAUACACUGAUAUUUUACCGAAGAUUUUAAAGUUUUGCACGUUUCGUUUCAGAAUUGGGUGUGUGCGGAAGCUUGACUGCACAAAACGUAAUAUUCGUUAUGUUCGAAGCUGAAAAUGGCAGUUCGGUAGUGAUCGUUCCUGUAGCAACACGGAGGAAUUUCCAGAGGCAAAACAAUUUUAGUCCAUUUAAAUGAAGGAUUCCCUGUAUGCGUUAUUACUGCACUUUAGGGUACAAAAUCGAAAAGCUCAGUUAAUCUGAAUUUUAUAAAUCGACUAGCCGGACCCCGCCACGCGUUGCUGUGGCUCAAUGUGAUGAAUUGGGAAAUAAGGGAAAGAGGAAAGUGCACGUUCCCAAUUAAGAAAAAUGUAAGGGCCACCUGUUGGCGGUACGUAUUGUGUGCGAAACCCAGGAUUGUCCUUCUAGCCGCUGUCGAAGGCAGGGCAAGUGUUUGCUGCACCCAGUCGCGCUCGAGAAUUCCGGAGUAAAUAGUGACGGCCGGCAUUUAUUUCGUCCACCGGUGUCGAUCGAGGCAGUGGUGACCUGAAGUCUCCUGCAAGCAGUAGCAGUGCGUCAGUAAUGGUCUGCUGUUUCCUCGCAAAUCGUGCAGUGUUCGGUCAGGGAUCUAGAGCGCUUUUUGCGCCAUUGUGCAUUCAUCCCAAACAAUAGGUUUGCAUUUCUGCAGUACUUAUCCCAUGCCGGAUGCUUUGGAAAUGUUACACGCGGGAGUUUCUAUGAAUUGAGCAUUCAAAAGCAAUUUCGAAGCUGAAUGAACGGGUUUUCUGCCAGGUAGCAGAGUAGCAGCUAUUCCGCGUAUGCAAGUGCUAGGGCUAUGUCAUUUAUUGGACCGAAUUGCCGUCAGAAUCCGUUGUUGUAUGAGCACUUUGCCAUUCCUCCUGGCGCAUCUAGGAAGAAGAUUCUUCCAACCCCGUUACUGACAUUCCUCAUUAUUUGAUCGUAAAUACUACUCUGCUCCAGUCUUAGCUGGUGAAUGUUUCAUUGCAAACAUGGCAGAUGCUGAACCGUGUUUCAUUUUGCUCAUGACGCCAAUCCACAUUAAACGAAGCAGAAGCGGAUUGGUUUUGCGGUAACAUUCCCAGUUGAUUAAGAACUAUGUUCGCGAUUUCUGCGUACAUAUCCUCAAUCAAUAUUAACGCCUCGCUGUAGAUUCCUGCUGUGCAAGCCACAUUUGAAUUUUCCUUGCAUAGUUGGCGGAAGGUAUCAUCAUCUGGAAGCAAAGGCGAAUACGAAACAACCCAGCGGUUACCGACUUCUGUGUCACCGAUUAGCAUUCGUACGGUUGCCAAUUUGCCGAUGUCUUCCGCUGAGCAUUUUCGUUAAAAGGAACUUCCGUCUAUCAUGCCGGGGGAAGGGGUCCAUGCAUCAUAUUCUUCGCCACAACUUCAUGCAAAUCAUUGUCAACGUCGAUAUCAGGUAAUUCGGCGCAUACUGCGUCGUCGACUUAGUUGGAAGCGAUCUUGUUAUAGAACCAGAUCCAGACAUGUGCUUGGGGCAGUCCCCUCGUUUGCCGUUCCACCCAAUACAUCCAGCAGCGUACAGACCCAACCACCCCGUGUUUCACUAUGCAGUUCAUCGGCGAUUGCAGUUUCUUCCUGAAAAUACGGGUUGUUAUGUCAUACCUAUUUACCGUCGAUAGCCCAGGCGGUAAGAGCUGAUAAACAUCCCCCAAGCUGGAUUGCAUGUGAAUGUAAUGAGUAGGUCUGGACGUCCGUACUAACAAACGUAAGCAAUUGCACCUCAAGCGUACCCGAGCAUAUGGCGUGGACUGUCUGUGUAUGUGGAGGGCAAAAUCAGCAGUCCAACAACGUUAUCUGUAUUACCGUCGUUCAGAACUGCAUCAUGCAAAGGAAUGUGUCCUUCAGAGUGCUGGUUGGUCUGAUUCAAGCGAAUGAAAGCAGGCGUCCAGUUUCGAUUUUUGCAUACAUAUCCACAAUGCAGUGAUGGAGCAAUUGACGGCCUUUCAAAAAGGGGAUUACUUACAUUCUGUCGAAUCAUAAGUCGCUAGGAUAAGUGGUUCAUUGCGCUGCAUUUCACGUGCGUUUCCUUGUCACUGACUGGAUUUGUCAUCCUAACGUUGAAGUGAUAUCCAUCGGCACCAUCCCCAUAAGUAAAUGGAUGUUGCGUUGGAAUCGGUCUCCGACUGCCGGCAUUUAUGGUCUCACCUUACCCUAAAAUCAUUAUUCUUCCAAAGGUUGUUGUCGUACCGUCGUUUACAACAGCAUCAGGCUGCGUGAAUGCUGAGCACGGAGUCGUGUUUGACGCUGGUCUGCUGUUCCUCGCUGGCGCCAUUCAGCCACUUCCAGCUGGCUGUGUUCAUCCUGUUGUGAACAAGGCAGGCCCGAAGCUGCAGAACGCGGCAGCCGUGACCGCAACCGGGCCUCCUCAAGCCGAGCUGCACAGUGCUGAGCUGACAUUGGGUGACAGGCCCCUUAUGUGGGUUGUGCGGGGAAGGGGGCAGGUGCUGCUGUUAACUGCAUCCACUCCUCACCCCCGAGAAUCCCAGAUGAAGCGGUGACAGCCCAAUUAUGUGGGCAGUGUGGGCAAUUUUAAGUGGCAUCCAAGUGCUGCGUGUUUUUUGCUGCAGGGUGGGUGGUUUGCCUACCGGUCCAGAUUGCAUCGGCCCAGAGGGCGUGGAUGGCCUGCUCAAGUGCCUGCAGGGUGGGUGGUGGGGUGAGCGCGGCUGUCGGGCGGAGCACGUGCCUUUGAGCGACUGUCGGUCAAGUGGCCGCAGUCUGGGCGCACAUGUGUCCGCGCGCGAUGUAGGUCAAGUGGCCGCAGCUGGUGGCGUUGUUACGCCGGAAAAAAUCCAGUUUUUUACCCAUCACAGGCAUACCAUCUGCAUAAUUACAAAAUUGAGCAGACAAAAACCCGGCCCUAUGCGCGGGUCAGGUUGUGUCCAAAUUUCAGCGCAAUCGGUGCAGUACUUUCGGAGAUUAGAUAUAACACAGAAAUAAAACCCUUCCAUUUUUAUGUAUAUAGAUAGACUAGCCGGACCCCGCCACGCGUUGCUGUGGCUCAAUCUUAUGAAUUGGGAAAUAAGGCAAAGAGGGAGGAGCACGUUCCCAAUUAAGAAAAAUGUAAGGGCCAACGGUUGGUGGCACGUAUUGUGUGCGAAACCCAGGAUUGUCCUUCUAGCCGCUGUCGAAGGCAGGGCAAUUGUUUGCUGCACCCAGUCGCGCUCGAGAAUUCCAGAGUAAGUGGUGACGGCUGACAUUUAUUUCAUACACCGGUUUCGAUCGAGGCAGUGGUGGUUUGAAGUCUCCUGCAGGCAGUAGCAGUGCAUCGAAAGUGGUCUGCUGUUUCCUCGCAAAUCCUGCAGUGUUCGAUCAGGGGCCUCGAGCGCUUUUUUGUGAGCCAUUGUGCAUUCAUCCCAAACAAUAGGUUUGCAUUUCUGCAGUACUUUUCCCAUGCAGGAUGCUUUAGAAAUGUUGCACUUGGAAGUUUACAGGAAUUGCAUGUUCACCGCAAUUUCGAAGCUGAGUGAACGGGCUUUCUGCCAGGUAGCAAAUUUGCAGCUAUUCCGCGGAUGCAAGUGCUAGGGCUAUGUCAUUUAUUGGAUAUAAAUCAGAAAUAAAAUCCUUCCAUUUUUAUGUAUAUAGAUAAAACAUCUGCUUCUCUUAAAAUAACCUUUGUUUUAGGAAGCUGAUCACCAUGGUUAGCAUCGGACAAAAAAUUGAUUGUCAAGUCCGGCAACCUCUGUUUAUUAAAACUUACUGGAGUAAAUUACUCUGUGUUCGCCGAAUCCAGUGCGUGAACCUGUCCAAUCAAAUCGCGGCCGUGUGUUCCAUUCUCUGAACUUUUUGUGAGCUCCUCACCGCCUUACGGGAGAAUAUGAACACAUAUCUUCCGACAUAAAUUAUGCUACUGAAGACGCAUUUUGCACUAUGUGGGAGAAAAACGCUUGUUUGCACACGGAAACCUCGGUAUUUCUAAUCAAAAUGUGCGCACUCACAGCAUUAACAGGACUAAUGUUUAUUACAAUAUGAAGACGUGAUAAAAGCGGCACUCUGAAAAACGACCAAGUAAGGAGAUAUAUUGGCCCUCCCCUGAAAGUUUAUUCAGGCCAAAAUAGGUCGUUCUCAACGCGACCCUUAUGUUAUGGUUCCUUGCAUAAAUAGGGGCUCACCAUCUGGAGACUAGCAGAUGCGAAUUUAGACACUAGGUCAUGUGAGAUAUGCCUAAACAGAUUAUGGAAGUUAGAUUGACUUAUGCAGUCCCCUAAAUAGGACAUGGGAAUAGGAACGGUCCGUCCAGGCAGUGAGGGGCGAACCGGCGCCCAAUAUGGGGGAGUACAAAUGACGAGGUUUGGUUUUGCAGCCCUACUUAACUGAUAGUCUAUAGUUCAUUUUCUAAAACUAUUUGAGUAGAUGCGAGUACGCUGAGUUUACAAAUAUCACGUGUUUGCGCCUUUCAUAUCAGUUUGAUCCAGCGAGUAAUUGUGCAACGGAGGGGGAGGGGAUUGCUUAUACGUUCAAGGGCGUUCAAGUGGCGCAUUGGUAGCUGCGACUCAGUGGACGCACAUGCGCCCGAGUGGAAGUCGGUCGAAAGGCUGCUGGUCAGCACGUCUGGAGUCGCUCGCUGCGUUAGGUAUGUAACCUUGAUGCUUCAGGGCCUUGAACAAUAAAGUCAUACCGACGGUGCUGGGCGUCCGCAACAGGGUCUGUUCGUCUCUGGCGACUCAACGUGUAGCAGCCGCUCCAGUCCCCUUUAUCUCCGGCUGCGUUUUGUCGGUCCAUGGCCGCGACACAGCCACCCCCGCCGGCUAACACUCAGACACCCCCGGUCCAACUUCAGUGACUGGCGGCUGGCCUCACAAACUUUCAUCACCUCACGCGCGUCUAACGCGCUGGCUUUAUACCCGUGAGGCAUUGUGUGCAUGCGCCCCUAUUCCUCCCCUAAUUUGUCCAAUCACACGACCAACACUCAGCCAGUCACCCCUCCUGCUGACCCAGACGCACACCCGCGUAAACAACACACACACCGCGACUGACGCUCUCCGUGAACGGACGCUUUUCUCUGUUGCAAGCAAACCGCCAACUUACGGCAACCUGCCCUGUGUACAGAAUAAACUAGUCCUCACAGCUCCCUGACUUCUGACAGUAGACGAAACGAACUUAUUGUGCGUGGUUUAAGUGGAUCUCACAUCCUUGAUCGCCUCAAAUUGGUGACCCCGAAUUUCCGAACACUGGAAUUCCGCAAACUUUUCGUCAACAACAAUCUUCCGGCGACCUACAGCGCGAUGUCCCAAGACCAGAAGUCACUCAUUAACCCAAAUUCUCAAGGAGCUAGCGUACGCUUGGAUCGGCUCGCGGAGGUAUUAAUGCGCCUGAAAGCCCAGCUUACUGCAGUUACCACUAACGGCCCGCGGCGAACACCAAACCGUCGCCCUACUUCCUCCGAUUCCCACACCCGCCGUCCACAAUCUCCAAGUAGCGUUUGCUGGUAUCACCAAAAAAUUGGAAUAGCAGCUCGGCGAUGCCUUCAGCCAUGCUCUCUCAAGGCAUCUCUAACGGCCUCAGGGAGACAAUCCCACCCGACAGUAGAGUCUACUGCUGCUGGAAGCUUUGCCAUUCUCCACACUCGCCGUUUGUUUCUCUGGGACCGUAUCGCUGGCGCCAAAUUCCUUGUCGACUCUGGUGCCGAGGUUAGCGUGGUUCCACCAAUUCCGGCCGAACGCAAAACACGCAGCUCUUUUUGUCUAACAGCUGCCAACAACUCCAGCAUCCCCACCUUUGACAGCGCUCCAUCACACUUGAUUUGGGCCUUCGUCGAAUUUUCCGAUGGGUUUUUAUUAUUGCCGACGUCUCCGUCGCCCUCAUAGGUGCGAUUUCCUCGCUCAAUUCAAUCUACUAGUCGAUUUGAAGAAUCGCCGACUCGUCGACUGCAUCACCGACCUUCAUGCCCGUUGUCACUCCGAUGUGAACCCCUGCGUCAACCCUCUCACUGUUAUGCCCAUCUCUGACUGUCCUUUCCACUCACUGCUCAGGCAUUUCCACCGCCUGACCAACCCCUCAUUUCGAGAAGUGGACAUCAAACACAAAGUCACCCACCACAUUUACACCACCGGACCUCCCAAAUCUUGCCGACCACGCCGUCUUGCUCCGGACCGUUUGAAGAUUGCCAAGGAAGAGUUCGAACACAUGCUUGAGCUCGGCAUCAUCCGACAGUCCAACAGCUGCUGGGCAUCACCCCUCCAUCUUGUCCCAAAGAAGAGCGGCGACUGGCGACCGUGUGGCGACUAUCGGGCGUUGAACUCUGUGACUGUCCCCGACCAGUAUCCCAUCCCGCACAUCCAAGACUUCACUCUUUCGCUGCACGAUAAGCGAAUAUUCUCCAAGAUUGACCUUGUGCGUGCCUACCACCAAAUUCCAAUCGAGGCCAGUGAUGUGCCGAAAACUGCAGUGACCACUCCCUUUGGGUUAUUUGAAUUCACUCGUAUGCUCUUUGGACUGAGGAAUGCCACUCAAACCUUUCAGCGAUUCAUUGAUCAGGUUCUGCGAGGUCUCGACUUCGUCUACGCCUACAUUGAUGAUUUGUUGGCGGCUAGCUCUGACGCCGCUCAACACGAGGUUCAUCUUCGACAACUCUUCGAACGGCUCGACUCCUUCGGCGUUGUAAUUAGUGCUGCUAAAUGCGAGUUUGGAGUCCCCAGCCUUAUCUUCCCUGGUCACGAAGUGAACUCAGAUGGGAUAAAGCCCGUCCCAGAAAAGGUUUCGGCCAUAUCUGCGUUCCCCGUCCCGACAACCAUCAACCAACUAUGCCGAUUCUUGGGGAUGGUGAACUACUAUCACCGUUUUCUUCCCCAUGGUGCACCAUACUGCAGCCUCUCGACAGCCUGUUGACCCACUCCAAGAAGACACUGGUGAUGACCGAGGAGGCCGUCAAGUCCUUCAAUGACGUCAAGGCCGCACUUGCGAGCGCAACACUACUAGCCCACCCCCGCGCUGAUGCCCAACUAACUCUCAUGACAGAUGCUUCCAGCACUGCCGUUGGCGCAUCACUGCAGCAAACUGUUAGUGGUGUUCUACAGCCUUUGGCUUUCUUCUCGAAGAAGCUCAGCCCAGCAGAGACCCGCUACAGUGUCUUCGGCCGAGAACUUCUUGCCGUUUAUCUAUCCAUCCGGCACUUCCGCCAUUUCCUCGAGGGCCGUGAAUUUGUUGUUCUAACAGAUCACAAGCCACUCGUUUUUGCACUGAGGGCCUCCCCCGAUCGCUACUCGCCCCGUGAAAUUCGUCAUCUGGACUUCAUCUCACAGUUUUCCUGCGACAUCCAGCAUGUCCACGGUAAGGAAAAUGUGGUUGCUGAUGCUCUUUCAAGAAUCGAGAUGGCUUCCAUCACAACAGACGCCAUAGACUUCACGCUCAUGGCUGAGGCUCAGCGAUCGGAUGGCGAACUUCCCCAAUACCGCCACGAGGACUCUUCUUAA